AUGGUCCUCGCCCUCGGCGAGCUGACCAACCAGCUGGUCGUGGCAGUCGCAAAAGUCUCGCCUGAAAACGACUCGCCGCGUGUUCAGACUCUCCGUCGACGAGUGGAGCGGGCUCUCCGCCCUGGUCCCCAUGGUAGGGUCGAUCAAUUCGCGGUUGCACGCCAACUGGAGGGCCUACAGGAGAAAUUUGAGGUCGUCGAUCGACCAGAAUUGGCCGAUGCUCUCCACAGACAGCUCUCGGAACUAGAGAAUUAUUCCAAUGCGUGGCACCCCGAGAUUUUGAGCCUGCUACUGCAAUUAUCAAACCGCCCAGCACUACUAUCCAGAAUUGAAAACUUGCCAAGGCGUGAAACUCUACCGGCUGAUGAUGACGGUCCUUUAUCGUGGUCCAAAUUGGAUGUGAAUCCCCAGCACUCCGCGUUCGACGACGAGAGCAUUUGGGAAGAGGUUGACUUUGGGGCCGGGUCCUCAGAUGAUGAUUUAUCGUCUAUAGCCAGUGACAUUUCAGCGCCCCGAGACUUGUCAAAUCUGGACAGCGAACUGGAAACUGAAUAUGUUAUCCCCGACGAUGUCUUCGUACCGACAGAUGACGACAGACACCUUCUCACUUCCUUGGAGAAGAGUCAGUUCUGGAGAUCAGAGAAAAAGGCCCCAGUGCGUCGCGGCAAGGAACUUGCCUCUCAAAUCAUCACAGAACUUCAACUGGCACGAGAGACAAUUUUCAUGCUGCAAGGCCUGCCCACAUCGAUCUUUUGGCAUCUUGAUGAAGAUGUCGUGAUGGAUCGUAGUUAUACAUUGAAACACUCAUCCAGUCAAGCCCUAUUGUCCCUGCUUCAGUCGUUCACGGAAAUUGGUACUCAGAUCGAUUCCUUGCGGCGCUUCACCAAAUCCCCGCAGAUGAUUCCUUAUAUGCAAACAUUUUGCCGGGGCAUAGAGGAGCGCUUGCUUGAGUUUGACAGGAAUCUCUCACAGACCCAAGUCAACUACCUUUCCGCUGGGUGCACGGUCAGCUUACUCCAAUUGCUCCACGACGUUCGCCAGCAUUCCUGCCACUUACAGCUGCUGUCGGACCUAAUUCCUAGGCUGAGAAGAGGCUCAGAGGCUCAGCCAAUGCGCUGUCUUGACCUGCUCUAUGACAUGAUUUGCAUGCGAGAAGCUUUGGGCGAUGAAAGCGCAACAUUGUCUGCUUUAUUCUUCUCCUGCCUCAAGACCUAUACUACAUCCAUCUCACGUUGGAUGGAAACUGGAAAUCUCGAUUCCCAAGACAGCCCAUUUUUUGUGGGAAGAAACCCCGAAAAUCGAGAUCUUAAAACCAUAUGGCAUGACUGGUAUACAUUGGAUGAUGCAGUUCGACCACAGAAUACCCCCAAAUUUCUCGAAGCCAGCAUGCACAAAGUCUUCAUUACCGGCAAGAGCAUGGUUUUUCUACGACACCUCAACGCGCUUCCUGACGUCUCCGAGCCCUCACCAAAUGGAGCCCUGAUGCUCAAUGACCUUCACUCUACCAACUCUUUUUUACCACUUCCCUUCCCUUCUCUGGUGGAGUCUGCGUUCGAUCGGCUAGUGGAUGCCCACCAUUCUGCUAGCGCUGGUCUUUUGCGGAAAGAACUCGAUGAACAGUGCGGCCUGUGGACUUCCCUCGAUGCCUUGCAGCACGUCUAUCUCGGCAGUGAUCUGAGCAUCCUUGGUACGAUCGACGCUAAGAUAUUCGAGCUCAUGGAUCGUGGUCGCUCGUGGGACGACAAAUUUCUUCUAAUGGAGGUCACGAGAUCGGCAUUCAGUAUCAUGCCCACCAUCGAUCCUUCAAGACUUAUUGUGCGAUCGACUGGUUCUUCAACUUAUGACCACCAAAAUCCCAACCGCAGUGUCCGGAUUCUGGAAGCGAUCUCCAUCGACUACGUACUUCCCUGGCCAGUUGCCAAUAUCAUCACUCAAGAUGCGAUAGCAUCAUACCGGCGCAUAUCCACAUUUCUCCUCCAGAUCCGACGUUCAAAGUAUGCCAUCGUCAAACAACGCGCGCGAGAGGCGCGGAGAACCGGAGGUGAUGAUAGAGAUGAUAAACUCGUCCAUGCUCUUCACCACAACCUCUUAUGGUUCCUCGAUUCCCUCUACUCGCAUCUCACUUACUUUGUCAUCGCUACCUCAAACCAGUCUUUCCGCUCAGCGCUUUCAAAUGCAGAAGACGUCGAUGCUAUGAUCGCCGUUCACAAAUCCUAUAUGGCCUCUCUCGAAGAGCAGUGCCUCCUCAGCAAGAACCUCUCACCGAUCCACGAAGCUAUCAUCAACCUCCUGGACCUUUCGAUAAACUUCGCUGAUCUGCAGACCGUCCACGCUGCUGAAGAUGGACCGGCAGACCCGGAUAAUACCAUCAAUCUGGACGCACUGCGUCCCGCUCGAGUCGCGGAAGAUGACUCCGAUUCCGAUUGGGACGAGGACAACAAUGAGUUUGAUCAUGAGCAAACGCUUACAAUAUCAUUCCGAGACUCGCCCUAUGACCAGCAGAUGCGGAACGUGAAACGGCAGUUUGACCAUCUGGCCGGCUUUGUCGCCGAUGGAUUGAAGGGCGUCGCUCGCGCUGACGGUAUGCCGAGCUGGAAUAUCCUGGCAGAUAGACUUGAGUGGCAGAAAGGCUGGCUCAGGUAA